GUUGAAAGGCGCAAGUCGUUUUUUCCGUUACUUCGCAACAUGGAGUAUCGGGGUGAGUUUCUGUCGCCGGGUUCCCGAUCUCCAGUUAUCCCACAAUCAAAAUUUGAUACUGCUGGGCAUGACGUUGCGCAUCACGACGAGUCACUAUCAAAAGAGCAAGUUGAUGAGAUCGAGCGGCUAUUAGAUCGCAUUGGAGCAAGCGACGCAGAUGACACUGACUUGCCCGAGGAGACGCAUGAAGAUCCAAACAUCCCAGCUUCCACUGUCCCCACGAACAAAAAGCACAGCAGGAACACUACGGCACUUCGACAGAGUCAGAAAAAUGCGCCCAAUUUAGAAAGAGAGCUUCUUUGGAAAGCCCACAUCAAGGAUGUGCAAACGUACUUAGAGGCGAAGAAAAGGACUACCACACGCGCAAUACUGCAAGAAAGGAAACACAAGAAGGAGGUGCAUCAAUCUCAACCUUGGCAGCGCAUACACCGUAGUUGCACAGCGCCAGCACUAUUGGCGGACAUGGAUGCUUCACUGUCAAACUUCUUCAUACAUCCAACGGAUCUCAGAGACUUCAUAGAAUUCCGGAGCUCUUAG